UGCAUCUGUGUGGAAGGUGGAGCUAAUAAAACGGACAGUGACUGUGGAUACAAAGUAGAUGUAUCUAAUAAAGUGGUCAGUGAGUUCAUGAAGACAACAGGAACAGAAAGAAGCUCCAGUCCAGUAGAUGGCAGUGUACCUACAUUACUACACGCAAACUAUGAAAGAGGAAGAAAAGUCAAACACAUGACGUGGUUAAAGUGAGCCACACAGAAAUGGAGCAUGUCUGAUUUACCGAAUACAGUCAGAUCAAAGUGUUUAUUAAACCAGCACUCAAACGCAAACCGCCGUGUAUGCACUGCUCUGCUUUUAACGAGCCUUUACCUGACAAAAUAAAAGUCCUGGUUAGUCGAACUCCAGAACCUGGUGUCGACUGCACGUGCCAGAAUGCUGCCUACGGUCCAGAACUCGAGCUGACCUCGUUAACAUUUAUCAGAUAUCUGUUUAACGUGAUUUGGUCAAACCGUGCUGGCCGUUAUGAGUCUGAUCUGUCUGAUCCGCCGCAGAGCUGCAGCCCGCUCGCUCUGUAGAAAGGCCGCGAUCUUCCCCUGCAGAAAACUGUCCGGAUCGGACCGAAGCCCCCCGUCCUCCGACAGCACACAGGAACCGAGAGAAGAAGAUGGUGCAGGAGAGCAGUGGAGAGCGAGGAGAGCCCCGGGGAAAGUGUCCGUCCUCCUUUUCCCCGGACAGGGCAGCCAGUUCGUCGGGAUGGGCAGAGGACUGCUGAAGUACGGCAACGUGAAGGAGAUGUUCUCCGUGGCACAGAAAGUCCUCGGAUAUGACCUGCUGGACCUGUGUCUGAACGGGCCCGAGGAGGAGCUGAUGAAGACCGUCCACUGCCAGCCUGCUGUGUUCGUCACCUCGCUGGCUUCUGUGGAAAGACUGAACCAGGAGAAUCCUGCUGCCAUAGAGAACUGUGUUGCUGCUGCUGGCUUCAGUGUUGGGGAGUUUGCUGCUCUGGUAUUCUCUGGUGCAAUGAACUUUGCUGAAGCUCUGUUUGCAGUGAAAGUCAGGGCAGAGGCCAUGCAGGAAGCCUCUGAUCAAACCCGAAGUGGAAUGUUAUCUGUGAUCGGUAGACCACAAGCCAACUACAAACACGCCUGCCUUCAAGCUAGAGAGCACUGCAUGACUGUGGGGAUCCAGAAUCCUGUCUGCUCUAUUGCAAACUACCUCUUUCCAGAUGGUAGGGUCAUCGCUGGACAUCAGGAGGCACUGGACUUCCUCCAGAAGAAUUCUCGUCAGUUUCACUUUGCACGGACGCGGCAGCUGCCGGUGAGCGGGGCCUUCCACACAGCUCUGAUGGAGCCAGCCGUGGAGCCUUUCAAAGACGUGCUGCGGCAGCUGGACGUGCGGCGGCCCGAGAUUGCCGUCCACUCCAACGUGGACGGAAAGCGCUACAUGCACGAUAAGCAUGUGCGACGGCAGCUUGCCAAGCAGCUGGUGUCGCCUGUGAAGUGGGAACAGACGCUGCACGAGAUCUACGAGAGGACUCAGGGUCAGGAGUUCCCCCACACGUACGAGGUGGGACCAGGGAGACAGUUGGGGGCUACGCUGCAGAAAUGCAACAUGAAAGCGUUUAAGAACUAUACCCAUAUUGAUGUUGCCCUGCCACAAGAAGGAUGAAAGACUUGUGUGGGACAUGACUGUGCUUUGAUGAGCUACACAGUAGCUGGAAAGAAAGGAUCCCCCUCUAUUCUGACGGUAACCAGUCAGGUGUCUUUAAUGUUAUGUUGCAAACUCACUCAGUCAGCCUAUCCAUAAAUCAACUACUGUGAUUUUUUUGGGGGGGCAAAUCUCAGCCUUUAAAAGGGAAUUCCACCAAUCUGCAUGAUUAAAUAUUUAAAGCUGCACUAUGUAAGAUUUUUUGAUAACAUUGAAAGAGGUACCGAGUCAGCAGAAAAAGUCAGAGGCACCAGGUUGGAUUUUGUGGGAGUUUUCCAGAUUGUGUUAUACAUCUUUAUGUAUUAAUGUAACGUGCACAGCACCCAAGUACAGCAUGGGUUUUAAUUUACAUUUUCCUAUUUUCCAGCUUUCUGAAGCAGGUGGGGUUGCUAGAAGUAGUGCUAACCCUACUGAGGGAUCAUCUAGCACUGGCUGCUAAAGCUAACAACAAUUUAGCUAGCAAAUCGUUUACUCUUCCAGAUGAAGAUGAAUCUGCCCAGCACUAUUGUAUAACCAGUAUGUCUACCAGGAUGUAAACUAGGAAGUUAUGUUGAUGUGCUGAUUGCUAUUUUUAGAAUGAUUACUUUGUAGACAGUUUCACAUGAGGCUAUAAGGCAUUUAUGCUAUUAGCAUUUCUGCUAACGGCCACAGAAUGAGUGUUUUUGCUCAUAUUUUCACGCUCAGCAGAGAAAAAUUGAAGCUUUGUUUGAUUCUACGCUUAGUUCUGUGCAAAUGUACACAUUUGUGUGUGUGCGGAACAGUGCAGUGUAAUUAGGCUAACUAGCAAGCAAGUUAGCUAAUUAGCCAAGAUGAUAUAGAGUGACCAAAACAAACAUUUCAACAAAUUGAAGAUGUUACUGACCUGGGAAGAUUAGUUUAAAAAGCAGUGUUUUUCUAACAUCUUGGGCAAAUAAAUUAGAUAUAUCAAUGCAGCACUGCCUGCGUUACCCAUCCAGGAGUAAGUUCUUUGCUGUUGUGACGUAACACUGCUUUUUUCCAUACUGAUGAAGAAAAGAUGACAAUACUAGAUAAUUCACUUACAUCCUCGGAAGGCACGUCCCUCACAAAGUUUUUGCUGAAUUCUCUUUGAAUACUCUUCCAAUGUUCACAAUCAUCAGAUUCAUCCCUCGGGGAAGGGGUCCGAAGCACAUCCCUUGCUACAAAAUAUUCAACGUGUAAUUACGCAUUUCCAAAGCUCCAAAAACUUACAUAGUGUAGCUUUGAGAUGUAAACAAAGUCAUUCAUAGUAGUUUGAUGUUAAGUGUAACAUUGUGGAAAAACUUGGUGGUUAAGAUGAUGAUAUGAAUAGGUUGCCUGGUGCCUGAGACCGUGGUUAACAUUAAUCCUAAAACAUUUUGUUAACACAGUUAUGGUAUAGUGUUACAUGUAGGGAGUUGUGCAGCAAAAUAUUACCCAAAGAAAAGUUGUUUUUUUUAUUAUUUUAUUUUUUGAUUUACUGCUAUUUUACCAUCAUCAACUCAGAAGACCUGUGUGGGUUUACUGGUCAUUUUGGAUAAUAAUAAAAUGGCUAUAUUUGUGUUGCUGCCUGGUUCCUGUCACCACCAUUUUAAAGAAGUUUGAGUUGAUACGCUUCUCUACGAUGAACAAUUUCACAUCAUCAUCACUCAUCCUUUUCACAUCUCAAUGACUGAAUUAAUGCAAAAUUAACAAAUUCCACUUUAAAGAGCUUGCGUAAAUUUAAAGAAACCACAUGUGGCUUAUCAUUUUUUAAGUUGAAAUUUAAAGAUCUCCCUGUCAGUGUCACAGCGUGGAUUUACUUUAUUCAUAUAGCUUAAGGAAACAUUGUCAUGCUCCCUGUUUUGCUGUAUGUCACUUUUGGCCAUGAUGCAGUAGAUUGUUGUUUGCUAACUCAGAUAGCUAGCAACAAGGGGUGGGAAUCUUUAGGCACCUCACAAUUCGAUUCAGUUACGAUUCAGAGGGCUGCGAUGUGAUUAUAAAACAUCAAUUAUCUUAUCUCGCUUAUCUUUUUUUCUACACAGGAUUUCUAUUUUCUCACUGUGUGACAACUUGGAACUUUUACAACAAAGUAUUUGUAACGAUCCAUAACGAAUUUACUUUUAAUAUCUUUUAUUAAUAAAUCAAAUGGAAGGCUCUCAUUCACUGCUCUUGUUUGGAGUAGAUGAGAUGCUGCCACUCAUCUGCGAUAAAAUGCAGUACAACCGGUAUGAAAACGGUUGGAAACGUGUAAUAUGGUUUCUCAUGUUUGCCAUUUCCAAAAUAUUUUAGUUCAGUGCGACACAACUUGCAUAUAGUAUGGCUCUUAUUCAGGUCCCUUUUCCCCUGGUGUGCAGACUGCAGGUCACCUAGCAACGCAGUCUCACCUGGCUAGUCGCGAACGAAAAGGCAAAGAGAGAUUAUCAUUUGGAGACGAAUAGACUUGUUCGCAUUUAUAAGCACCGCAGUUGGUUUCCUGGUACGUUAAAUCUGCAACG